AUGGAAUUAUGGUUGGAAGGUGGAAAGAUCACACGCGAGCCAAAAAAACCGGAUGUUGUCGCAAAUUAUAAUCGGUGGAAAACUCCUGUUGACCUUUCUGACGCAAAAUGCGCUUUUGGUGAUCCUCGAAGGAAAACAUACAAGUGGUAUAAGCGAUUGUCAACUGAAUUGCUUUGCAACACAGCCGUUGUCAACGCUUAUGAAUUGUUUGUUAGUCAAAAAGACGACAAUUUUAGAAAGAGUUUCACAGUUCCUGAUUUUCGGCGCAAAGUGUCUUUCCAUCUGAUGAAUUACACACCAAAAAGCCAGUCAAAAAAGAAAGCAGAAUUGGUCAAACAAGUUUAUCAAAUGGCUCAAGAAUUGAUUAGUGAACAAGAGAAGCAAGUGAAGCAACUCACAAUUGAUGAUUCAAUUUGCGAAGUUCAAGUUUCUAGUGAACCAUCAAAUGUUCAUCAUCUUGUUCAAACACUUGACAAACACGCAAAAACUUGUCGAUCUUGCAGUCAAAAGUUUAGAAAUAGCAAGAACAAGUCACGUGAUAAGUUCAAAACAAGAGCUGUCCCGAGAGUGCACAUAAAGUGUUUGGAAUGUGACAAGAUCAUGUGCCUAAAGUGUUUCAAUGAGGAAAAUACUCACAUUACUGAAGGAGUUCGUUCUACUGAAAAGGAACUUAAGAAUGACAACUUUACUAGGCAAACAGCAAAACGCAGCCCUUCAGUUCAAACUUCAAAAUCUUCAAAGAAACUUGCUCAAAGUGCAAAAAAUGAUGAUUGGCAAACUGGAAACAAUUUCAACGUUGUUUUUUGCGAACGCAAUCAAGCGACAUUGCCAGAUUGCCAAUUGCCAGGAAAUCAAUGCACAUUCAUGUCAUUGUGUGCCAUCAUUUAUUCAUCUUUAGCUGAAAACUCUCUGCGUAAUCUAACUAAGGAAGAAUUGCUUCAAAUUUUGCGUCGUGGAAAUAAUUACUACGAAAUCAACAUGAAAGAAAUUCUGAUGUCUCAUUCUGAUUAUUUCAUUCGACCGGAUAAUAACCGAGAACUUUACACUGGCAUUGAUGACAUUCACCUCAAACAAGUCAAAAUUUUUGGCCAAAAAGUUGUUAUCCAGCCCGGAGAAAUAUCAGUAGGAAAGAACAAUGAUCCUGAUAUGGUGAAUAUUGAGCAAACGCUUAGAAACUUUUUGGAGUCAGAUGAGCAUCAAAACAGAGCGGGAAUUGUGAUUUGUGGAUCCAGCUCUCGAGCUAUUUUGAAAAAAUCAGAAAAUGAUGGUUCUGUGAAAUAUUAUCUUUUUGAUUCUCAUGAUUUUGAUAGCCAAUCCGCUUUCAACUUAGAAAAUUCAAUAACUGGCGACAGGAAUGCUGCAUUUGUUGAAUUUGAUUCAAUUGAACCAUUGAUUGCUACUUUUCGGAACCUAAUUUUAAAUUUGCCUGAUGAAAUUCAACUAGAUGUAGCUGAAAUUUUGUGCGAAAAAGUGACUGAUAACCGCAACAAUAUCAACUUUACAGACAUUGACGGAUACAAUCCUAGAACUAAUAGAAACCUUGAAAACUUGCUAAACGAAAAGUUUGAUCAAGUAAAUAAUCUGUCAAAUGCAGAACAAUUACACAAUUCACGAAAACAGUCUCAAAAAGACUCCUCUUCAAAACGGACUUUGUCAAAAUCUCCGCAAAGAAAUACUCAACCUAAAAAGAAGAUAGAAGAUGAAAGUGCACCAAAACAGCGGCAUAGCAGUUCUAGAUCAAAUAAUCGUGGUGGAAACCUGUCAGACUCAAAAAUACGGAAAAUGGCAAAACAAGAACGGAUAAUUGAAGAAUUUAUGAAUGAACUUGAAUUGUACUUUGAAGCAGUGAAUGAUCCUUCAGUCAAAAAGAGUUCGGUAAAAAGUUUUGAGCACUGGCUAAACAUUGGAAAAAAGCAAAAUUCAAAACGAGAACAAAAGAUUGAAGAGUUUAUGAAUGAACUCAAAUUGUAUCAUGAAGCUGUGGACAAUCCUUUAGUUCCAAGAAGUGCAGUGAAAAGUUUUAGCCAUUGGCUAAAACAUGGCAAGGAGAACACUUUGCAAGAGCAGAAAAAAGUCACUCCAAAGCUUUCAAAUUUUGAAAAGUCAAAACCAGCUGUUUCUUCUUUUGAUGAACUUGAGAAACGACAAAAAGAUGAAAAAGUUUCAAACUCUGACAGCCUUCCUCAAUCAAAACCAGCCUUUUCUUGGUUUGAUGAACUUCAGGAACGACGAGCAGCUGAGAAAGUUCUAAAGAAACUAAGAGAUAAACAACAAGAAGAAAAUGAAUUGGCUGAGUGGUCUCAGUAUCAGUAUGAGCAAAAGGCAAGAAGCGACGCCAAAAAAGCUUACUAUUCUGAACUUAUGCGAAAAACUGAUGAAAGAGUACGCAACUGGAAUUUGUAUGCAGAAGAAAAAGAACAUAACAGAAACAUGGAAUUUGAAAGUUUGUGUGCUUCGGCUCUUCGUGUUGAAUUAUUGCGCGAACAAAACAAAAUUUCUGCUAAAAGUCAGUCAAACUGCAACGAUGAUUUGACCGUUCAGCCUGCAUUGAACCAAUCAGUUCUGACACCAACUACAGAUUCAAAUACUCAAUCAGUUGAGUGUAUCACUGAUUCGG